UGAUUUUCAGUAGUACAUAGUAGAUUACUUUUUAACAUGAGGAUGGGUAAAUAAGCCGAAUGUUAUGGGAUGGAGGAGGGUGUGAAGAACAGGUGGAAUGGAGCGAUGUGAAAGUGAAAAGAUAGAAAGAUCGAGACAGGGCUAACAGAUGGACUGAACAGGGAUUAUGGGUGCUGGGUGUAGACUGUGAUAGCAAUUGCCAAAGACAGGCAGGAAAAGGAGGAGAUGGAACAGGACUGCACCAAAAAGUGGAAAACCUGAAUUAAGAGAAUAAAGAUAGACACAGACUGCUCUAGCAAAAAGACAAGGACAUAAAAGAUACAAAAAGAAGGGAAAAUAAAUGGAUUCAAGUAGGAAGAAAUGACCAUGAAAUGACAUAGGACGACUGAGAUGUUCAGCAUGUUGGACCACAUGUCCAGACGUUCUCGCUCCCUGCUGUCUCUUCUCUUGACCUCUCUUGCCCUGGCUUUAUCUGUGCUGGCUUUCUGCACAUCUUACUGGUGUGAGGGAACACACAAGGUGGUCAAACCUCUCUGUCUUUCACCUGUAAAGAUGAAGAACUGCGGCCAGAACAACAGUGAGCCGUACACUACAGAUAGCCCCACCCCAGAUCCUCGGGGUCCAUCCAAUAGAACUUUAUCACCAAAGCGAAGGGAGGAACUUGCUAAGAUUCGACAGAGGCAAUUGGCCAAUGCGGUCCACUACAUUUGGGAGACAGGAGAAGACAAGUACACUUUCCGAUAUUUCCACACAGGAUUUUGGGAGUCUUGUGAAAAGCAUGCUGAUGGUGAACGAUGUCGCAGGUUUUUAGAUCUUACACCUGGAGAGACUCACGGUGUUCUGUGGUUGUCAAUGAUCGCUGAGUUCAUGUACAUCAGUUUAUUGGGGAUGGGGUUUCUACUCAUGUGGGUGGAAGUCCUGUGCUUUCAUAAAGAAAUGCAUGUGCUCAAAAUCAACGCCUUCGCAGCCAUUUGCAUCGUUCUCUCAGGAUUAUUAGGGAUGGUGGCUCAUAUGAUGUACACCACUGUAUUUCAGCUGACUGUGAUUGUAGGGCCUAAAGACUGGAGACCACAGACGUGGGACUAUGGCUGGUCAUUUGCGCUGGCAUGGGUGUCUUUUAGCUGCUGCAUGGGUGCUGCAGUUAUGACUCUUAAUUCUUAUACCAAAACAAUCAUUGAGCUUCGUCACCGACAGAGGCUUCGACUGGAGGAGGCUCGUGCUACAAGCCACGCCCCAUCUUAUGAUGAGGUGGUUCCAGGAGGCGGGUUGUACUCUGUCAGCGGCCUGUUACAGUGCCCAGAUGUGAUGAUGGACUCUAUGUGGGCAUCAGAUGGGAACAUGGGAAUGAUGAGAGAACAGGAUGUGCCCACCCUGAUGCUGGUUGGUGGGUGUGGAACAGGCGCAUGCGAGGACUGCGAGAGAGAAUUGGACGAGUUGAAGGAAGCCUUGAAAGGAAAAGACUCACCUUGUUAAAAGCCUUAUGUUAUAUUUGUCUGAUCAGCAGAUUGAAUUUUGGAAAAAGUGUUUAUCUUUAUGCAUGAUUUUUUAAUGCAUGAUAUGCUAAAAUUUGGGCAGUAUAAAAGGAAGCAGGUGUGAGACAGGUGUCACCCUCUGUGUGUAAUCCUGCAAUAAGUGGAUUUCACAGUGUCAGGAUUUUUUGAUGUCUGGUAUAGUAUUAGACUUUCAAUUGGAUUAUACAGAGAUCAUGUCAGAUCACAAAGCCUGUGUUAUUAUCAGUUCUGAAGUAAAAUCUAUGUGUUUUCUUUAUUUUAUUUGGUGUCGGAUUAACACCCAAGCCAUAGAAGUUCAUAAAUAAGAACCCAAAGCAGUCACUGACGAUGUCAAAGGAAUGAUGUAAUCUCUUGUUAGUCCAUGUGAAAUUUCUUAUACAGUACUCUUCUUAUAACUUGUUGUCCAAUGCAAAAUGGCAAAUGGAAAUAUGUGUUGCCUUUAAAGAUGGUGAUAAAUGUACAGUUGCCACAGAAGUCAAUGCCAUCCUAUUACCAUUUAAAGUGGCCAGAAUUUUAAAAUCUGUUUGUUAAAAUUAUCAGAAGUUUUUUCAGGACGUGAAUUUGUAAUUUUUAAAAACAGUAUAUUUAAACUAUACUGUAAACGAUACAGAAUGAUUACGUUAUAAUUACAUGCACUAUUGUUUAUUAUACAGUAUACAUUAUAGCUAUACUGUAUACUGCUAGGCUACUGUAAAAGCAUUGUGUUCAUCUAGCAGUCAUGCUGACGCUUUUAGAGGAAGGUUCUUAUGAUUGAAACAAUUGUUGACCUUUUCGAUUGGGGUGAGCUAAUUUGCAGUUUUGUCCUUUCCAGCUUUUCCUGUUCACCAUGUGGUCAACAAAGAUAGCCUGGAAAUCUGUUUAGUUUUACAGCUGUCACAGAGACUGGUGUGAAGUCAUAUCUGGCAGAUGUCCAGUUAAAUCAAAGAUAUUGGAACUAACAAGACUGAACACCGCUCAAUAUGGCCGCUCUGGAACAGGAAGUCCCGCCUUCCGGUUAAAAGAACCAAACAUCAAUCGAUAAAGACUGAUGAUCCUCUGGGGUAGGGGCUUGCCAACCUGUGCACAUGCACAAUGCUUGAAAAAUGCAGUUUUAGUGCAAUUUGAGCUUUAGGAAUAAAAGUUAUGGUACAGUUGAUGUCAGAUUUAAUUGUUGGUCGGAAAUAUUUGUUUAAUUGUUAUUUUAGCACACAGUUUUAAAGAUAUCCAAUGCUAUCUCAUGGCAAUGAGUACAUAUUUUACUAAUUUCGUACACAUUUUUAUUCAUUCGUACGACAACCACAAUUAUACAUUUUUGUAUGAUUUGCCUUGACCUAUGUGACGGGGUUAUGGUUUCUUAUUGUCUUUUUCAUGAUAAGUGUAUGUUUUUGCACGAUUAACUUCAUUCGAAUUCACAAGAUUUAGCCAACUCGUAAAAUAUGUACAAAUUCUUGUGAGAACAGGAUG